AUGCUGCGCAAGCAACCCAAAUGCUCACCUGCUUUCUUUCUCUUCCCACUCAAGGAUGCCGCCGCUUUUUUACUGCCGGGAAGCAAAAUAAAAUUUACGCACCACCGCCGGAAAACAAAAAUACCCAAGGAAGCCUUUGAACGCGUUCCUCAGGUAAAGACCUUCUCCAACCCUGAACUCGGCUUUGCGCUUCCAAAACAAGCGUUGCGAUUUGACCGGGAGGCUGCCACUCACUUGGCUCAAAAAGAUAGCAACUUUUCUUCAGUGCCUUUAAAAUUCCAGACUUCUGUGAUCUCAAACACCGAAAGGAAAGGUUUCAAUUCUCAAUCAAAGAGAUUCCUGUUUAUCCCGAAUGACAAUCCAGGCCCGGGAUGUUAUAAUGUCACGCAUCCAUCUACGGUUCGGAACAAUGUCUCCCAGUCGCGGAAAGGAACCUGUUCUUUUCCUUCCUUGGAUGUACGUGUUGCUCGGCACAGAGUCCCCAGCUAUCCUGCUGCAAAUGCCUACAGCCUUCCAACUACUCUCCAGUCCAAGCAUGAUUUUAGCUUGGGAUAUUCCAGCAUGUUUCAACAACCAAUAGCUAGGAAGAUACGCAAAGCAGCUACUCCAGCCCCCAACCAAUAUAACGUCUCCUUGGAUGCCUGCAAGGGGAGCCAGAACAUAGGCGCCAAGUCUGUGUUCUCAUCCAAAACAAGACGGGAGUUGCCAGUCAGUAGCAAGGACAGAGUUCCUUCUCCUUGUCAUUACCAAAUUAAAGACUCUUUUGUCCGGCAGUCACCUGCAGUACUGGUGUCCUGGUUCAAGUCUAGAACUACUCGUGAAACAAAAACAGAGUUCCUGAGCCCAGGACCUGCAGCCUAUCAGCAGAGGGGAGCCCCAUCCCAUCUCCCAAGCAAGUUCUGGGCCCUGCGAAAGCACACCUUGAACUUCUCAGCCUCACCUGCCCCUCGUCCCAAACCACCCCCUUCUCCUGGACCUGGCCAGUAUGAAAUAGUAGACUUUGAAGGACCCAGCAAGCAUUACAUUUCCAGUGCUGUAUUUGUCUCAAACACAGACCGUUGUUUCAGAGAUAAAUACCACCAAGAAAUACCUGGCCCAGGAGCAUAUGACUUACCAAUACCCCAGAAGCAGUCCUUCAUCUACAACACCAAGAACAAAUGGGUGCCAGUACUUUGAUGCAGAAGACCUUGUAAGGAUUUCUUUUGCCUGUGAACAGACAAGCAAAAAA